UCAGGCCAAUAGCACCUCAGCCUUGAUUAGGUUCAGAUGGUCGUUAAUAACUGGGGCUCCACCGGAUUGUUCACAACAACAGAGAGCAAGGCGCACCAGCUCCGGCCAAAUAAAGCCCAGCCGCGAUUUAAGAUCCUGUUUUGGAACCGCACACAAACGGAAACCAACCAUUCCUGUGCGACGGGCUCCGUUCUUCUACUGUUAGCUGUUGUUUGUAUCGAGCUAGCUUUGUCCUUCUCAGUCACAGCUGUGGUGGGUCGCUGAUAUUUUUAUAUAAAUCGCUGUGGAAUAUGGCUCAGCAUGGACAUCAUGUAGCCAGUUCCCAAAAAGCACUAAUGCUGGAGAUGAAAAGUCUUCAAGAUGAGCCGGUCGAAGGGUUCAAAAUAACUUUGGUGGACGAGUCGGAUCUGUACAACUGGGAAGUAGCGAUAUUCGGACCCCCAAAUACACAUUACGAGGGUGGUUAUUUUAAGGCUCGGAUCAAGUUUCCCAUCGACUACCCUUACUCUCCACCAGCUUUCCGCUUUCUCACCAAAAUGUGGCACCCAAACAUCUAUGAGAAUGGGGAUGUGUGUAUCUCCAUCCUUCACCCACCAGUGGACGACCCACAGAGCGGUGAGCUACCUUCAGAGAGGUGGAACCCCACACAGAACGUCAGGACCAUCCUGCUCAGUGUGAUCUCUCUGCUGAAUGAACCCAACACAUUCUCCCCCGCCAACGUGGACGCGUCCGUCAUGUACCGAAAGUGGAGGGACAGCAAGGGCAAAGACAGAGAAUACAUCGAGAUAAUCAGAAAGCAGGUGCUGGCUACCAAAGCAGAUGCAGAGCGGGAUGGUGUCAAGGUUCCCAUCACGUUGGAUGAGUACUGCGUCCGAACCCAAGUGCCGCCAACAGACGAUGGCUCCAACCUCUUAUACGAUGACUACUACGACGACGAGGACCUGGAGGACGAUGAUGAGGACGACGAUGAGGACUGUUGCUAUGAUGAGGAUGACUCAGGCACUGAGGACUCCUGACCUCUCCUCCUUGUGACAUCGUCCCUCUGUUCUUGUUCUCAGCACCCACCCGCUGGCCUCCCUCUUCCGUCAAGAACUGAACUUUAAAUCCCUGUCCCUUUUUCUCCCAAAUCCUCACUUAGCACAGGCCCCCCUGUUCCCCUUCUGUCACAUGUGCAGUCACAGUGUGCGCACUAAAACCCAAUGCAUUGAAGAAAA